ACUACUCCACGCUUGACUGCGAGAAUCAAUGUCGUCAUGAUCUAAGCGCGUCAAAAACUAUAGUUAAACUUACACUUUUCAAUUGACAAUCGAUCUUCAAUACAUACAUUCUCAUAUUCCCCUACUUAUCCUACCUAAUUCAUCGAAAUCACCUCACCCACAAUGUCCUUCCGCAACCCCAAAAUCAUCAUUCCAUCCGCCAUCAACAUCUUCGCCAUAGGCUCCUCAACCUUCUACCUUCGCUCAAAGAUAAACUACAACCUGGAAGAGCAAGAAGCGCGACUCGACGAGAUCGAAGGGACGCUAAGAGGCCACAUUGGGCUCAUCGAAGACGCAUUGGAUAGAGUCGAAGGCAAGCCAAACGCGAAUAAACAACAAGAACUCUACGGCAAGCGAGGGAGAGACGAGAAGAACAAGUAGAGUAAAUAGCCACUAUUGGUUGAACUAGAAAUAGUAGCUGAUUGAUGAUCAAGGUUAGAGGAAGGAGUUGGUGCAGGGAUAGAGAAGUGUUGUGUGGUGGAUGUUCUUGCUGUUUCGAAAAAGCUUGGUUUCGAUAAUGGUGUGCCACCCUCUGGACGCAUGAUCUUACUUGGCCUGGCAAAUUCAUUGAAAUUGUAUAAAUUCCAUCAAUACUCUUGACUACUGGUUGACGCUCUCCCUCUCGGUUAGUCGAAGUACCAGGAACCAAGAUGCAACGAAAUCUUGCAACAGCUCAACAACUACAUCUAGGAUUAGAAUGAA